GCUGGGGCUUCCGCAGCCCGAGCUUCGUGUCAAGGAGACCCAUGGGGGCUGCCUUGCCCGUGUCACUGGGUGGCUUCCCCACGGCUGGGCUGCUUCCUGCCUGGAGUCCAGGGGUGGGCAGGGAGCGGCUGGGGGAGAAAGGCCUGGGGCUGUGUCCUGCCUCAGCCAUCCCCCUCCUGGUCCUUGAGCUGGGCCAGGGUGGCUGAGGGACAGACAUUGCUGGCCCAGCAGGGGGCUGAGCCUGCAGAAAAUGGGCACUUGUAGGCCUGGCCCGGCCAGAUGCUCCAGGAGAGGCCAGUCCAGGGAGGACAUGGGGGCCUCUGGUCCUGGGCCAGGAGGCUGUGGGGUCCCUAAGGAGACUCCUCCAAGGGUCAGUGGGGCCACUCAUCCUCACAGGCCUUGCAGGGGCGUGCUGUGGUGCCCAUGGGCUGCCACUGCAUUUCUGGGCUCAAGAUGAUCCUGGGCCUGGACGGGAGGUGCCCUGUGUGCUAGAGCCUGGCCUGUUCCUUUGCCUCCCCAUGUGCCCCUCCAAGGCCGCUCGUCUCAGGCCAGAGCAGUGGGUGGGGUGGGGGGUGGGAGGCAGGGGCAUCUGCCCAGCCCUAGCUGGGGCUUCCUGUGCUAGGGCUCAGGAGGAUGGUGGAUACAGACAGGAGGCGGGCGGCCCAGGCGGAAACAGCCGGGGAGGCUGGGCCCCGUCCAACAGCCCAGAUGCACAGAGGAGGCUGGCGGGAGCUGAGCCUAGAUGUGGGAUGGUGGCAGAGGGAUGCUGGACAGCCCCCCAGGCCUGAGGGCAGGUGAAGUGGGGCCCCGCUGCCUCUGACCUGCUGUGCAGCUGGCGGAGGCAGCUUACUUCUCUGGGCCCUGUCCAGCCGCAGGGACAAUCAGGGAUUCAGACCCCAAGCCUUGAGGGGAACAAUGGAGCCUUGAAGGCCCUCCCUCCGCAUUGUGCUUGGUGGUGAGAGGUGGCCCGCGGCCGGACUCUGCGCUCAGCUGGGCGCACACCCUCGGGAGGACCAGUAUCCAGCCGGCAGGUGGAAGGGCUCAGAGAGACUCACACUUCCUGGCCUGGAAAAGGUCCUGUCCCCAGCCCCUAUGACCAACAUGAGCUGGAGCUUCCUGACGCGGCUGCUGGAGGAGAUCCACAACCACUCCACAUUCGUGGGCAAGGUGUGGCUCACGGUGCUGGUGGUCUUCCGCAUCGUGCUCACAGCCGUGGGCGGCGAGUCCAUCUACUCGGACGAGCAGACCAAGUUCAUGUGCAACACGCGGCAGCCGGGCUGCGACAACGUGUGCUACGACGCCUUCGCGCCCCUGUCCCACGUGCGCUUCUGGGUCUUCCAGAUUGUGGUCAUCUCCACGCCCUCCGUCAUGUACCUGGGCUACGCGGUGCACCGCCUGGCCCGCGCCUCGCUUCACGAGGGCCGCCGCGCGCCCCGCCGCCGCGCGCCGCCGCCGCCGCCCCCCAACCCCGGCUGGCCCGAGCCCGCUGGCCUGGCCGAGGAGGAGCCUAUGCUGGGCCUGGGCGAGGAGGACGAGGAGCCGGGGGUGGCCGAGGGGCUGGGCGACGAGGACGAGGCGGAGGACGUGAGCGCGGCCAAGGGCACGGGCGGGGACGCCAAGGGCGCGGGGGCCCCAGGCCCAGCUGGGCCCCACGACGGGCGGCGGCGCAUCCAGCGCGAGGGCCUGAUGCGCGUGUACGUGGCCCAGCUGGUGGCGCGCGCCGCCUUCGAGGUGGCCUUCCUGGUGGGCCAGUACCUGCUGUACGGUUUCGAGGUGCGGCCUUUCUUCCGGUGCAGCCGCCAGCCCUGCCCGCACGUGGUCGACUGCUUCGUAUCGCGGCCCACCGAGAAGACAGUCUUCUUGUUGGUCAUGUACGUGGUCAGCUGCCUCUGCCUGCUGCUCAACCUCUGCGAGAUGGCGCACCUGGGCCUAGGCAGCGCGCAGGACGCGGUGCGCGCCCGUCGUCCACCACCCACGGUCUCCGGCCCCGCGCCGCGCCCACCGCCCUGCGCGCUGCCCGCCGCGCCCGGCCUGGCCGGCCCGCCCGACUACAGCCUGGUGGUGCGCGCGGCGGAGCGCGCGCGCGCCCACGACCAGGACCUGGCUGGCCUGGCGCUGCAGGCGCUGCGAGACGGGCGCGCGCUCGGGGACCGCGACAGCCCGCCCUGCCCCGGCCUCCCCACGGCCGCCCGGGGGCCACCGAGGCCCGGCGCCCCCGCCUCCGGGUCGGGGAGUGCCACGUCGGGGGGCACGGGCGGCGGCCAGGGCCGGCCGGGCGCCAAGCCCAGGGCGGGCUCCGAGAAGGGUAGUGCCAGCAGCAGGGAGGGGAAGACCACCGUGUGGAUCUGAGGUCCCGCCCUCGCGGCUCUCCAACUCCCUCCGAGCCAGCGCUCGGGGUCGGAGCCCUGGGUGAAGGCUGGGGACUGGACGAGCUGGGCGCAGAGCACAACCAGCCCUCCGCCUCCUCCUCCUCCUCUUCCUCCUUGGCCCACCGCCUACCCUCCUGGGAGGACAAAGGCAGCCCUGCUCUGCGCCGCUGCCCCUCCCUCCUGAGCCCCCUCUCUGCCAGGAGAGGAGGGGGAGGGAGGCCUGGGAACCACAAAGGGUCUCCAGCUCUGAUCCAAAACCUGAGGGCGGGCGGCACAGUGGCUGGGGCACUGCCCACCCCCUUUCCCACGAGCCUCACUGAACCCUGGCCACGGCCUCAGGACAAGGGGUCUGGCCAGGCAGGGCUCCUCACCCCACAGCGCGCUCCCCAGCAGCAGCUCCUAUGUGAUGCCCAGGGGUGUCUGGCCAGGGCAUUGGGAAGUACUGUGUUUGUUCCCCCUCCCUGCAGCUAAGGGGGCUUCUCCCCAGCACCCACCCCCAGCUGGCGGUCUGGUUCCUGCAGAGCUGGAAGCAGUCCCAGGUCUUCCUCCUAGAAAGGGAAAACGAGGCCCUGGAGGUGGGACCCCAGUGCCCAGCCCGUCUGCACCUCCUCGUGGGUGGCUGUGCUGGGCCCAGAGCCGAGCUGCCUGGUCCUCCUCCGGCAACUGCGGGGGCCUGCGCUCUACUCAGUUCCCUGCCCAGACAGAACUGGGGCAAGGCCCUGGAGGGGCCUAGGGUGGACGGGUCCACGUCCUUUGAGACUCUGCGCCCACUGGGGCAGCCCUUUUCUCUGGGACACACUUGAAGUUCCGCCAAGACGCUAGCCACCUUGAGGGUGGUGGCCUUGUCAGGUGGUGGUCAGGGCUGUGGCUUUGCUGUGCUGGGGGACGACGCUCCGUGGCUCCCAGCUACGGCCUCUGUGCCUUCCAGCCCCCUCCCUAAUUCAGACACAGCAUCCAAAACAAAGGAAGUAAAAUAAAACUGACUUGUUUACGACCGUG